CCUAACAACCAAAAAAGUUCCAGGCUUUAAAGGGAAACAAUUAUCUACACAACGUGCAGAAAAUGCAGUAAUACAAGACAUGAUAUGGGGGCUAACCGGAGACAUAAGCUUUAUAGACACAUGGAGGAACCACGAAAUACAGACAAACGACUUAUUCGGAAUUUCUAGAUUUGGUGACUCAAUUUUAGAAGAUAUACCUUUUUGCAAGAGAGAAUAUGAGACAUACAUUUCGUUAUAUCACAAUACGGCACCCAGCAAUUUGUUAGAUGAACAUCCUUCAGAAAAUGGUACAUGGGAUGAAAAUCAUUCGUCUAGACAUCCUUAUAUUUCACAAACAGUUUCUACAAAACAUUCUCAUAUAUCACAAACAUACGAUUCCAAGAACGGAACCUUAAAUUUGAUGGAAGAAAAUGUCGGCUCAAAACAUAUUUUGAUAGUAACAUCAAUAGCUUUGGUACUAUUUAUGACGAUUGCCAUUUUUGUACGGUAUUGGUUUUUAGGAAAAAGGAGACGUAAACUAUUGCAUAGUCCUGUUUGUUUGAGGUAAGAGUUGAUAUCUUUGUUUCAGAGCUUUAGAUUAAAUAAACUUCAAUUAAUGAUAUAAACAAAACUUUCAUGAAGUUUACAUCGUUUGGUUAUUUGAAGGACUUAGAAAUCUAUUUCUAGACUUAGAAAUCUAUUUCUAGACUUUAUUUAAUGUCUUUCUAUCUUUAAACAUUUAAGGUUCCAUCUCUAAAAUACAUAUGGACAAUAUUGUUUACAUCAUAAUUUAAUUUUGUCAACAUUUGGUCGUAGACAUAUUUAACACUCAGAACUUCCAAUGAUAAAGAUACGCAGAUUCCAUCAUGCAAUAUGUGCGUGACAGAUUAGAUCGUUUAUUAAAGUUUUAAUACGAAAACUAGUUUUGGUUCUCUAUUUCUUGUUUACCUGUACUGAUAAUAUUGUAGAAGGGUACCUUUAUAUCUAAAAGUUGUGUCUAACUAGAAUAAACCACAAAAACGAGA